AGAUGUGUCCUGUUUAAGGACCAUAGCAAUUGCCUCAAGCGUUCCUUUGUCUGUCACUUGACUCGCUUGUCCCAACUCGAGCAAAGAGACUCGAUCUCCAACCAAUCAGUUCCCAUGCAUUUUCCCAAGAAAAAUAUCACCUGAAAACUCUCCAGAGAAAAUCUCAAGGCAAAAUUCCAAACCCCAUUUCAGAAUUCACUUGGGUCACCGAUAUUCUGACAUCCAAGAAAAGUAAUGGCUCUCCAGAUUAGCAGUGGUUUUUUUGCGGCUGCUGCUACUUUCAGUCCCAGAAGGGUUCAGAGAAUCAGAGCCGUUGCUUCGACGGAAACAGAAGAAGGGAUGGCGAAGCUGGGAGGUUCUGAGUUGAAAGUGACGAAGCUUGGAAUUGGGGCUUGGUCUUGGGGAGACACCAGCUACUGGAACAACUUUAAGUGGGAUGAUAGGAAGAUGAAAGCAGCAAAGGCUGCUUUUGAUACCAGUAUAGACUGUGGUAUUACGUUGUUUGAUACUGCCGAGGUUUAUGGUUCAAGGCUGUCAUUUGGUGCAAUUAAUUCUGAAACACUACUAGGAAGAUUUAUUAAAGAAAGGAAAGAACGAGACCCUGGAGUGGAGGUUGCUGUUGCAACCAAAUUUGCAGCAUUACCAUGGAGGCUUGGCCGUCAAAGUGUCAUUACUGCCCUUAAGGAUUCCCUAUGUCGUCUUGGGCUCUCUUCAGUGGACCUCUAUCAACUCCAUUGGUUCAGAAGAGGCUUAGUAGACAAAAAUUUUGCAGGAUAUCUUGAUGGUCUUGGGGAUGCGGUGGAGCAGGGUCUUGUCAAAGCUGUUGGGGUUUCUAACUAUAGUGAAAAGCGUCUUCGUGACGCAUAUGAGCAGCUUAAGAAAAGAGGCAUCCCACUGGCUUCAAACCAAGUGAAUUACAGUCUAAUAUACAGGCUUCCAGAAGAGAAUGGUGUGAAGGCUGCUUGUGAUGAACUUGGAAUCACUUUGAUCGCAUACUCACCUAUUGCUCAAGGUGCUUUGACAGGAAAGUAUACUCCACAAAAUCCUCCUACAGGUCCUCGAGGGAAUAUUUACACCCCCGAGUUCCUAACGAUGCUCCAGCCUCUGAUAAAUAGAAUCAAGGAGAUAGGAGAGAAAUAUGGAAAAACUCCUACACAGGUUGUUCUCAAUUGGUUGAUAGCACAGGAGAAUGUUAUCCCAAUCCCAGGGGCCAAAAAUGCAGAACAGGCUAAAGAGUUUGCCGGUGCACUUUCAUGGAGACUCACCGGUGAAGAGAUUGCUGAGCUGCGUUCCUUGGCAUCAGAAAUAAAACCUGUUGUUGGUUUUCCAGUAGAAAAGUUGUAAAUUUUAACACGCAAUUGUACACAAGUUCGUUAUAACGGAAUUGUAAAAAUGUGCACUUGCUCAAUACCAACAACCAAUACCUGAAUGCUACUAUCAAAUACCAUGAUGUGUCUAAUCCGUACGCGUCAUUACUGGCUUUCCACUCCUGUCCGGAUUGAAUGAAAGUCCGAAGAAUGCUUGUAAUUCUUAUGAUUUUUCGUAUAUAAAAAUUGGUCAUGAUGUUUCCCAUACUGUAAAACUACUAUCAAAUACCAUGACAGUUUGUUA